AUGGAAAAGGUUGACAGAAACAAGGAGCUCGGUAUUCAAGAUGAGAUCUUGGACACAGUACAGAGUACAGUAGAGAGAUGGAUGGGAAACGUAUACAUGUUGAUGCCGGCCAUGAAGAUUACUGCAAACCCUUUUCCCGGUACAAUAGAGUUACAUUCCGUCCAGCAGUAUAAAGUAUCACUGAAGGAUCCCCGGUCAAGUGUCAAUGCGUUACUUCCAACUCGUGUCGAUUUUAAUUAUAUACCCCGUAGUCCGACACUGGAAGUUUGCGCUUCUCACAAGGAAAAGGAGGGUAGGAGAGGGGUGGAAAUCUUGAUAGAUGCACGGAGAUGA